AUGAAGGGAUUCAAUGUUUUAGCGAGGUCAUGUUUUAAACUUGAAGCUCCCGAGAACACGUACGGCUCUGACCCCGAGUUCCCUGCCUCCCACAAGCUGGAGGAAGAGUUCCGCCCUGCUGAUGAUGACGGGGAGGACGAGAUGCUGAGUACGGGAGAGGGACUUCGUCUACACGACCUGAUCUAUAAGCAUAUCUCCAUUGAGGUCGAAACAUGGCUUAGUGCCUCCUUCGAGGAUGUGACGCUGCUCCAACGGCUUCGAGCACAACAGUAUCAUAAGUUAAAGAUUCCAUUCAAUGAUUGGAUUCAGCCUCUUGAAAAACGUCGCUCGCAGUGGAGGCCCAAGUCAACCCGUGGACAUGCACUCUCCAUUGAGACCUCAAUUGGCGUGGCCUGCGCUUUACUUGACGAGAUACUCAAGACAGGCAAAGUUCCGAACGACAUAGAAGACCUGGUACCACUUAGACUUGCCCCGCGCUGCAGUCGCCGUCCCUGGCCAUGCCUGCAUGCCAACAAAGCGAAUAUUGCACUGUCUUUGUGCUUUAAUGGCAGCACACCCAACAUCACACAUCCAUACAUAUCUCAGAUUUCCAAGGCUCGUGGGUUCUUUAACAUCUUUGGCGAUGGAAACUGCAUAGCAGCUUUCAAAAUGUUCGAAUUUAAGCAUGGCAAUUUUGUCGUUCCUUUUGUUUUCAAGCUGCGCCGAAAUUCCUGGCCCAGCAUGCCCAAGCUCCGACUUCAAUACGGAGUGCCCCGUCACGGCCUAGGUGCUAUAGCAACCCCCACUGAUAGCAUUCUAUGCAGCCUCUACCAUAAGUUCCCGCCGCUCCACCUGCCAAAUCAGUAUGAUGCUGACAUCAUUCAAAAACAUUCUCAACACAGCGGCCGCACUUCCUUCACGAGCAUCCAAGCGCCUCCAACAAUCCAGGCGCAUCCCUCCAGCCGAACCAAACACUAUCUGCAUUUGAGCCAUGUCGCAACAUCCCAUGGCGCCAUCGCCGAAUGGCUAAAUACGCGCCAUCAUAUCACCGGAACGCGCAAGGGAGUGAACAUUUUCGAGACGGCGCUAUGCGGUGCGAGAGUGGAGGAAGAAACGACUUACAUAUGCAAGACAGAUGGCGGAAGCCUUAGCCUCAGCCAAAUGUUGCCAAACACUGUACCUCAAAAAACAAGCGAACAACCCUUGAGAAACAACCUCAACUUCUUCUGUGAGGCUUGGAUGCCAAAGAUUGCACGCACAAAUUCAAAUUCUCUCGCACGCAGAUUCAGUAGCCAACCCUCUGCGGCCCAUCAACACGAGAGGACCAAAAACGCCAAGACCAAGAGGAAUCGGGAGCUAGCUGUAAUGCCCGGUCAAUCAACUCGGCCGGUGCCCCCAGUCCGACUCCGGAAGCCCAUGGCCUGUUUCUCAAUCCCACUCAUCCGUGCAGAACUAGUCAUGGAUGAGUCCCUAACAAACCUUGGAACUCUCAUCACCUACUCCGCCCCGCAAGAGGUGGUCGCCGUUGAUUUUGACACGAGGAUGGAGCACACAACCUGCCGGGUACCAGUGAUGGAGGGUGGGCAGCUUAGAGGGUAUGUACCCCUGCCAAUGAGGUACCGGGAUGUUUGGCUCGAGCUAUCCUACAACAUUGUACUAUUGAUCAACAUCUGGAGGCUUUGGUCGAAGGAGGAGGGAAAGGCUUUGAACUCGAAGGAGAAAAAGAUGGCCACUACUUGCCGACAGAACGCCGGAACAUUGCUUGUUCAAUACAUGCUCGCCAGACUUCUUGCGGUGGAGGAGUUGGUCGGCUUGAAUUAUAACACGGAUCCUGGUGAGGAGCGCGUGAAAGUUCUCAACGAAUGGAAGGUCCGGAUGGUUCGGGAUUGGUUCUAUAUGACUUACUCGGAGGCCGAGGCUGAUGGACCUGAAUUCUUGCACGCAGAUCCCGUCAGCCUCGAAAAUAAAGCAUUUUUCGAAAGGAAAUGGGACAUAGAGGAGGAGGGUCGGGACAUCAUGUCGCUCCCGGCAGAUACCAAUCUCUGGAUCCACGGGCGUAUCGAAGGGUUCGACGACGCCUUUGAAAAAACAAUUAAACCUCAGUCCUUCGAAGAGAUGAGCAAGCCCAGCCAAUUUUUCGAGACUCGAUAUGAGGAAGGGGCCAAGCUACCGUCUCGCUGGCACGAGGGACACGAGCCUCGUCCCCUCUUCUGGAGCAUCAAGCAGUGGGAUUGGUUCAGGAAUGACUAUUGGAACGCACCAAUUGACUUCUUGCGUUACGCUCUUGUCACAGAGCCAGCGUACCACGAUGUCGGCCAGUUCUUGGGCGACCUCCGCAGCCUCAGCGGCAUCAUCUCCCUCAAUCCUAAUUGGCAAGACAUCGAGGCGAACGCGAAGGACCUCUGGCUCGGAAAGAUGAUCUGGAGGGAGUUUGUGGAUAGCUUGAGCAUUAGUUUGAGUCUGUCUGAGGCAGAGACUCUGACUUCGGAAAAAAGAGAUGACCGAAACCCUUUCAACACCUUGGAGGCUCGUUUGAUAUUCGAGGGAUAUGUGCACCGGGAGAAACCUAACUCGAAGGAUCAGGUAGCCGAGGACAACGUCUUGUGGCAAAGCCUAGAUCGAAUCAGCCCACCAGAGCAUCGGCCGGUAUGGGAAUGGGUCGCCAGUGAGAUGGAGUCGGAUGGAGUCAAAGUAACGUGCAUGUUGAAGCAAGCGGGAGAUUGGUGGCGCGAGUUCAGGCACAAGCAAGCACGGAACAGUAUGAUGAAGAAGAACGGGAUCGAUGGCAAGGUGGAUCUAGGAAAGCUCCACGCGUGCAGGAUGUACCAAUGCGCCAGGAAGGUCGUCAACGCUUGGCAGAUGGUAAUUCUGAGGACUCUGGCGACACCUUCCAUUACCCUCGCCCCGGGCGGUGUUGGAGACAGGCCUCCUGAAUCUACGGCUGCAGCUGACUCCAACGAUUCCAACGAAUACGCAGACUCCACCCACCCUCCCCUUCCCAUCUAUUCUCCCAUGAUAAAUGGUGUUUCCCAAAUUCUCCGUCCUAUCCACCUGGGAUUAUCCAGGUAUCUUGACGGGUACGAUUCAUUAGAAACAUUCGGAGACAGCUUGAUCAAAUCCUUCCCCUCGGAAUACGAGGCGAGCAUAAGGCAGUUUGUGAAUGACCUUCAGCCUUUCACUGUGGAACAGUUCACAGUGGACGUUGCAGAGCCCAUAUUGGACUCCUUCGUCCGCCGUGUUAACGCAAUACAGGCGAAGAAAGAAGCUGAAGUGUUGCAUAAGGAAUUCCUUUAA